AGGAGCCGGGCCGGGCCUAGCCGGGUUGCCAUGGUUACCGCCGUCCUGGAGGCAGGCGAGGCGCCUGCGCGGAACGGCCUCCGACUAGGCCUCUCCGCCUCCUUCGGGCUCCCUCCGCUCCGAGGCUCCCCUUACCUCCGGGCCGCGAUGGGCGAGCUGGAGCCGGACUUGGCGCUCCGGGUGCUGGCGGAGGUGGAGGAGCUGGCCGAGGAGGUGAUGGGCGGGAGGCAGCAGAUUGUGGAUCUGGGUCUGAAACAAAAUCAGAACCGGGAGGCCCUGAGGGCCCUGAGCAAGGACAUGGAGACUUCAGAUAAAGUCAUGGUUUGCUUUGGGAGCAUGUUUGUGCAGUUUGGGAAAGCAAAAACCAAGGACAUGUUGCAGAGAGACCAAGAACUCCUAGAUGAAGAAAUAGGCAAGUUGCGGAAGGAGUUGAAAGUGAAGGUCAACCGUCUCUUGGAAGCUCAAGGUAAGCCAGAGCUGAAAGGCUACAGCCUGAAGCCCUUGAGCGCCGAAGAGAUGCGGUUCAUGAGAAACGUGGUGGAUGGUUGAAGCGGCUUCCUGGUGGGGAUUUAGCAGCCGACUCCUGCACAGAAAAAAAACUCGAGAGAACUCCUCGCUUUUCAAAAGGCAGCUUCGCAUAUGCCUGAAGAAGGUUGUUUCCUGAGCUGUUGAGCAUCUGAUCCCUUGGCAUCCUUUGUUGGAGAGGUUUGGGCUUGGGUGAAGCAAAAUGCUCAACCUGUUGUCCUUCUGCAGUUUUGACAGUCUGGCUGAAGCACAAGCAUUGAAGCCCGAAGAGUAAGAGGUUGCAAUGUUGUCGUCGUAAGAUGGGCUGCUGAAUUCCAACCACUGGAAAUUAAGUGGCAGGAACAGGACACGAAUGCACACGUCUUUGUACUAAUAAAUUGUAUGCUCAGAUCCAAAA